CACAUCUGAGACUCGGAACAAAACUCUACAUAGUUCCCCGCUCACCGCGAGCCGCGGCGCACAUCGCCUCCUCUCCGCCGGAUGGCUCGCUGUUUGAUCCCCGGACCAAAGCUCCGACACCGCGGUCAAAAGUCGUUGAGUUGCUGUUGGUGAAUAGUUGACCGACUCCGCAGGUCGUUGCCCCCGCUGGACUUAUGUGUUUAUGUUUGGACGCGCGGCGGUGGGACAUCCGGAAUGGGGGAUCCGUAGGAGGGGACGACGCUCGCUGGUGUGCCGCUGUCUGUAGAUAGAGCGCGAGCGCACCAACGCGUUAGCGCGCACGCGACCUACGCACGAGAUGGACUUGAAGAGGACGAAGUUUGGAAGGUUCAUGAAUUGCAGGGUGCCAGCCAGUAGGAGAUACCAGCCCACUGAAUAUGAACAUGCUGCAAACUGUGCCACACAUGGGUUGUGGAUCCUUCCUAGCCUGGUGGGCGGGUCGGUGCUCUACUUCUUGUCUGUGGACCAAUGGCAUCGCGUUGCCGCCUGGCUCUAUGGGAGCGGGCUCACUGGCUUGUUCGUCACCUCAACACUCUUCCACACCGCUGCAUGGAAAAUCAGCCACCUCCGGAAGCUGGAGCAGCGUUUCCACAUGUGUGACAGAAUAGCCAUCUACUUCUUCAUCGCCGCCUCCUACUCGCCCUGGUUGAUGCUGAGGGAGCUGGGCCCCUGGGCGUGCCACAUGCGCUGGCUGAUCUGGGUCAUGGCUUGUGUAGGAUCCAUGUACGUCUUCUUCUUCCAUGAGAGGUACAAGCUGGUGGAGCUGGUGGGAUACGUGGCCAUGGGGGCUGUUCCUGCUUUGGUCAUCCUGUCCAUGGUGGAGCGCACAGGUGUGUGUGAACUGGCAGUGGGAGGUGUCUUCUACGUAGUGGGCGUGGUCUUCUUUAAGAGUGACGGCCUCGUCCCGUUCGCUCACGCCAUCUGGCAUCUUUUCGUUGCCGCCGGAGCAGGAAUUCACUAUUACGCCAUCUGGAGGUACCUGUACUUACCUGGGCCGCUGCUGCAGACGGCCAGGUGACCAGCCGGAGAUCACAUGACUCCACACUGAGUCACAUGACCCAAGAAAAGCGUAAUUCACUCAUGAGAUCACUGUGUUUUGGAAACGGCUCACUGAAGCCGGACGUGUGAUGACUGAUAAUACGGUAUGAUGAUACUAUACAGCUCAUCACACCAGUCUGUACUGGUUAUACUGGUCGCUGCACGGACGCCAAUCUGUAGAGAAAGUGAGAAACGGCUGCGGGUGUGAAACUACAGUGAGUGUACCAGGAAGUUUAAAUGACCAAUGUUGAGUUAAAGGAACAGUUUGGCAUUUUGGGAAAUAUGUUUAUGCGUUUCCUUGGUGUUCAGAUCGAUACCACUCUCACACGUGUGUACGCUAAUUAAGAAGCUACAGCCAGCAGCCGGUUAGCUUAGCUUAAUUUAGCUUAGCACAGAAUCCGUAAACAGGGGUGAACAAGCUGACCUGGCUUUGACCUGACCAAAGAAUUAAAGUUACAGCUCAGUUGUUUAAUCUGUCUUGUUGUCAGGCAAGUUACUGCUGCUGUGCUAAGCUAAGCUACAAUGCUACUAGCUUUCAUAUUUACUUCACAUAUGUACAUACGUGUGGUAUUGAUCUUCUCAUCUAACUCUUUACAAGAAAGCAAAUAAAGAGUAUUUCCUGAAAAAUGUCAAACUGUUCCUUUAAACUUCUGUAAGUGAACUGACAACAUAUUGUCUGUGACAUCACUUCCUCAGCUUUCCUGAACAUCUGAAGUGAUGUGCCAAAACCUACCGGACACACAUUCCUCAAUAGUGGUGCUAACUAGCCGGGUCUAAAUAGUGGAACUGACUUUAUUUUACGUUCCAGUUUCAGGCCAGUAUAUAGCUUCUUCCUCUGAGGGCAUUUAAACUGUAAACUGUGCAGCAUCUUUGCUGUACUGGUCUUAGGUGAUCAAAGACUACAGAACGUAAUCUGCUGACCAUGUAAUAUCUGUGUGAUAUGAAUUAACUAACACCCUGAAACAGACUGACUGACCGUCUCUCUGUCAGGACGAGGUCGACUGAUUAGUGGAACUGGCCUCGUUGUGAUUUAUAUUUAUCGUGAAUCACACAAAAUCGAUUGUGAUGCUUUACUGUAACGUGAUUUAAAGAUGAAAAGUUCAUCAUAAUGUCACACUGACGACUGUAUUCUGGGUCAAACGUUGAUCGCACCGAUGAUCUCGUUCAGACGACCACGAUUGGCCGUUGUUUUGUUGAAGUGAUGCACUCUUAUCCUGAAGCACUUUUCUAUUAACAGCAGUGACGACUUCCCUAGAAUUUCCUGAAUAUGACAGAAAUAACACUUUAAAUACAUGUCGAGUAUAUAUGCAAAUUUUCCAUUUUUAUUUUCACAGUUUUGAUUUUUAUACUUAAUCCAGCACUUCAUAGGUCACACUUUCAGGUCUUUCCUAACCUUUAGUAGAGAAAAGAAAUUCUGUUUUAACUUUUAGAAAACAGAGCACUUACUCAGGAAGUGGAGCAUUUCAGUUUUGUUUUUGUUUUUUGUAAAUCAGAUGAUCUAUUUUGUAAAAUUGUAUGUCUGUGAAAUCACUGUAUUAAAGAAGAGACACUCUAUUACA